CAACAAUCAUUUGGAUGUGUCAGUUCCAAUAAAUCAAAAAUCCAGGUGACAGCUGAGUGGAAGUGGAUUGAGGGUGGAGAUGACACCUGUGGCAUUUGUCGCAUGCCUUUCGAAGCAUGCUGCGUAGAUUGCAAAUGUCCAGGCGACGAGUGCCCUCUGGUAUUGGGUCAAUGCAAACAUCCCUUCCACAUGCACUGUAUUGUGAAAUGGACUGAUGCACAGAACACGCCAAAACCACAAUGCCCAUUAUGCAGGCAAGAAUGGAAGUUUGUAGAUUGA